CGGCGAGUACAGAUACUAUCUAAGUUAUCUCUUAUCUAUAUUCUUGUCUGGGGACUGGGACUGGAAAUAUAAUAUUAAAAAUUAAAACAAUAAAACAUUGUCCGUGUUCUUACUCUGCUCUCUGCGGACUGCGAUAGUUAAACAACAUCGUUAAACCAGUGUUCAAAAUCCAGAAUUGCCAUAUGCAGUUUUAAGUUUACGACUUUUAAUAUUCAGCACUGGUUGAUGACACUAAAUGCAAACGCCGACUUAUCAUCAAAACUCCCUCGUGGCCUUUUGUGACAAUGGAACUAAUGGAAGACCAGCUAGUAGUAGCGGCGCCACCAGGCGAGAUUGGAUCGAGUGGAUCGCGACAGGAACAUAGCACUUGGAAAAUUAUCGUGGUGGGUGAUAUGAGCACUGGUAAGACUUCUAUCAUUGAACGGUACUGUGAUGGGCAUUUCAUGGAAUACUACAAACCAUCGACAGGUAUAGAUUUAAAAAAGAAAAUAAUUAAUUAUGAGAACAAAACCAUCUUUUUAAACAUUUGGGACACUGCUGGAACUGAAAAAUAUCAAUCUUUAAUUCAAUUGUACUAUAGAGGAGCAAUUGGAUUAUUUAUUGUCUAUGAUAUUACAAAUUUGAAUUCAUUACACAAUUUAGAAUUUUGGAUGAAAAAUAUUGAUGAUUUUGCUCCUUCAAAUGUGGUAAGAAUUUUGAUUGGUAACAAAUGUGAUUUGGAAUCAAACAGAAAGGUAUCAACUGAAGAAGGGCAACUGGUAGCUCAACACUUCGGAAUUCCUUUUUUUGAAGUAUCUUCCAAAAACAAUUUAAAUGUAGAUGAUUCAUUUAUGAAAAUGGUUUCUAUGAUAAAUGAGAUGGAAUCUGAAAAUGCAAUUAAGAAGGAUUUUGAAGUUUUAGAUGAUAAAGUAAUACUCGGUGAGAUUGACUCAAAAAUGUCAUCAAAAUGUAAAUGUUGAUUUGAAAAAUCAUUAUAAGAAAAAUACCCAGAAAAAUAUGAUAAUAUUUUUUAGUAAUUUUUAAAAUACAUUUUUAUAAAUGUUUA